AUUAAUUUGGAUUUGGCCCAAAACGCGCCUUAGAUAUGACGUGGCCCACCGUUUAACCCCACCUUUUUACGAACCAAACAGUAAAAAGAGCCGUGCGCCAGAACAAUUAAUUAAACCAAAUUCCAUAAACGGUUCGCGUCCGCUCAUCCAGAAGCUUCUCCGAUUCUUUUUUUUUUUUCUCUCUCCCCCCUUGUUGAUGCCGUGCACAUUUUAAUUACGCUUCCUCCAUCGCCCGUGACUCUCCGAUCACAUUAGAAUAUUAACCUUACCAAACCUGCAAUUGAUUCGUCGCCGGUCGCCGAUCUCUCCGGAAGUAAGUUUUUCGUCGGCAACUCAUUAUUUGUGACAUCGAAUUUUGGGUUUUAUCAUCUGUGGAAUUUGAUGAUGAUACAUGCACGUUGUGUCAGGGCAUAAUCAUCCAGUUUUUGUCAAUCGUUACGAAAAUUUUCUGUGUGUAAUUAGAUUUAUUUAUUAGAGACCUCAUUUAUCUAUAGAAUAAAUCGAAUUACGUUGCCUUGUCUUAACGUAUCCUACAAAUUCAGCUUAGUUCUAGAUUUCUGGCUGUUUAAUACUUUUUAGCUGGUUUCUGUUGAUAAAAUUUUGACUGCUCUGUCUAGAAUUUGCAUUUUGAGAUUUAUGUGUGGUAUGCCCUUCCUAGUAUUUUCGAAACUCUUCCUCUGCGUUUGUAUAUUUUUUAUUUUUGAAAUUUUCACUUUUAUUUUUUACUUUUUAUUUUUUUUGUAUAGAGCGGAUCUGUUGAGUCUGGUCUGUGUCAAAUGAUGUAGUAUACACUAAGUUGCCUUGUAAUUAAUGUCUCUUUUGGUGUUUUCCAUUUGUUGGCCCUAAUUUACAAUUUUUCUGUCUCUUUCCCCACAGAUGUCGUACUCCAGGAGGUCAAGGUACUCUUGUUCCCCUUCCCCUCUGAGGCGAUACAGUAGGUCAGUCUCAAAGUCAAGGUCAUUGUCAAGGAGCAGGUCAAGAAGUCGCGUCUCGAGUGAUGCCGAGAAUCCUGGAAACAACUUGUACGUGACAGGGCUAUCAUCCAGAGUCACAGCAAGAGAUCUUGAGAAACAUUUUUCAACUGAAGGAACGGUUGAAGAUGUCAAUCUUGUCCUUGAUCCAUGGUCUCGGGAAUCUCGUGGAUUUGGCUUCGUGACAAUGUCUACCGUUAAGGAGGCUGAACGAUGCAUCAAGUAUCUGAAUAAUUCUGUGCUUGAGGGCCGGGUCAUCACUGUUGAGAAGGCUAGGAGGAGGAGAGGUAGGACACCAACUCCUGGUAGAUACUUGGGGCUAAGAAUGGCUCGUGUGCGUCAUCAUUCUUCUAGCUACUCUCCUGAUUAUAGGAGUCAUAGCCGUUCUCCUCGUUAUUCAUCUGAGAGCCGACGAAGGUCCUACAGUUCUUACAGGCGGGGAAGAUCGUAUUCUCUAUCACGUUCCCCGUAUAGCAGGUCGCCAGUCAGCAGGCGUGACAGAUCAUACUCUCCAUAUCACAGAAAUUAUUCACCAGUUCACAGUUACCGUAGGAGCUACAGGUGCCGGUACUACUCCCCUUCCCCGUCCCCUUCCCCUUCCCCGAGUGUUUCUCCCAGGUACCGUAGGUACUCUGGAAGAAGUUAUUCGCCUAGUGUAUCAAGCAGGCGUUCUAGGAGCUCCUCUCGUAGUGCAUCACAUAGCUAUUCUGUAAGGAGUCACUCUCGAAGCGACUCAAGCCCACAGAGGUCUUCUAGGCGGAGCAUCUCUCGAAGUGUUUCCCCUGCGCCCAGGAAGAGCUCAAGGCGAAGCUAUUCCCGUAGCAUUUUUCCGAGACCAAGGAGCCGCACAAAAAGGGACAAAUCCCGAGCCUCUCGUGGUAAGCGUUGUGCUUCUCGGGACAGUGGUUCUUCCAGGAGUCGUUCAAGAAGCCCUGAUGCAAGUGCAUCUUCCAGAUCCUUCACAAGGUCUGCUACUCCUGUAUCAGACCCAUCGUCCUAA